CUAGGAGGUCUACAAACACCGUCUGGGUAGCUGGUGUGAGUACAGAGAGUACUGGGGGGGCUUAGCCCCCAAGGAAGAAGACCAGCCCUCCCCCAGCACCACCGUCAAGAUCCCAGGGGCUCCCUCUUUCCUCCACAGGCUGUGGACUGACUUAGGGAAUUCCAAACGAUGACAGAAAAGGAGGUGCUGGAGUCCUCCUCCUUCCCAGCAGAGACUCGGCAAAGUGGGCUACAGCGGCUGAAGCAAUUAUUCAGGAAGGAGUCUACAGGGACAAAGGAGAUGGAGCUUCCCCCAGAGCCCCAGGCCAAUGGGGAGGCAGUGGGAGCUGGGGGUGGGCCCAUCUACUACAUCUAUGAGGAAGAGGAGGAAGAAGAGGAGGAGGAGCCACCCCCAGAACCUCCUAAGCUUGUUAAUGAUAAGCCCCACAAAUUCAAAGAUCAUUUCUUCAAGAAGCCCAAGUUCUGUGAUGUCUGUGCCCGGAUGAUUGUGCUCAACAACAAAUUUGGGCUUCGCUGUAAGAACUGCAAAACUAACAUCCACGAACACUGUCAGUCCUAUGUGGAGAUGCAGAGAUGCUUCGGCAAGAUCCCCCCUGGUUUCCGUCGGGCCUAUAGCUCCCCUCUCUACAGCAACCAGCAGUACGCUUGUGUCAAAGAUCUCUCUGCUGCCAAUCGCAAUGACCCUGUGUUUGAAACCCUUCGCAGUGGGGUGAUCAUGGCAAACAAGGAACGGAAGAAGGGACAGGCAGAUAAAAAAAAUUCUCUAGCAGCCAUGAUGGAAGAGGAGCCAGAGUCUGCCAGACUACAGGAAGGCAAACCCCAGGAUGGAAACCCUGAAGGGGAUAAGAAAGCUGAAAAGAAGACACCUGAUGACAAACACAAGCAGCCUGGCUUCCAGCAGUCUCAUUACUUUGUGGCUCUCUAUCGAUUCAAAGCCCUGGAGAAGGACGAUCUGGAUUUCCCGCCUGGAGAGAAGAUCACAGUCAUUGAUGACUCCAAUGAGGAGUGGUGGCGGGGGAAAAUAGGGGAGAAGGUCGGAUUUUUCCCUCCAAACUUCAUCAUUCGGGUCCGGUCUGGAGAGCGUGUGCACCGCGUAACGAGAUCCUUCGUGGGGAACCGCGAGAUAGGGCAGAUCACUCUCAAGAAGGACCAGAUUGUGGUGCAGAAAGGAGAUGAAGCCGGUGGCUACGUCAAGGUCUACACCGGCCGCAAGGUGGGGCUGUUUCCCACCGACUUCCUGGAGGAGAUUUAGGCGUGAAGACGCCUGCUGGCGGGAGAUAACGAAACCCCAUUCUGGGCAGGCCCAGUGGAGGUUGGGGAGAAAAGGGGCGAAAGCAACUAUACUGCUGGGUGGGGGAGAUGGGAAGGCCCGCCGGAACGUGACGGUGCUUCCGGGAAGGGACUGGUUCCCGUCCCCCUCCCCCGCCGAGGGCUUUGGAUACUUGGUGCCGGGAGCAGCCUCACUCGCAACCCCUCAGGUCCAGCCUUUGAGAUCUGGAAAAAGAACGCGUCUCCACUCGGGAGACGGGAGGGGGCAUUGAGGCGAACCAUCGAAUGUUGCGAAUUUAUUAAAGUUUUGACAAAAGUUAGAAAA